UGUGAUACUAAUACUUUCAUGAAUUUUGAAAGGAAUUGUCAGAAUAAACUUAACAUAGCUCCAGAACCUUGUAAAACAAAUCCGAUGAAUAAUAUUGGAAGAGAUCAUUCAUGUGUAGACAAAGAACGACGUCCUGCCGGACCAAAUGCUCCAUGUAUUUCUAAUACUGCAAUGAAUUUUAAAGGGAAUUGUCAGAAUAUACAUAACAAAGCUACAGAUCCUUGUAAAACAAAUUCGAUGAAUAAUGCUGAAAAAGAUCGGUCGUGUAUAAGCAACAAAGGGCGUUCCACCCGAGCAAACUCUCCAUGUGAUGCUAAUACUUUCAUGAAUUUUGAAAGGAAUUGUCAGAAUAAACUUAACAUAGCUCCAGAACCUUGUAAAACAAAUCCGAUGAAUAAUAUUGGAAGAGAUCAUUCAUGUGUAGACAAAGAACGACGUCCUGCCGGACCAAAUGCUCCAUGUAUUUCUAAUACUGCAAUGAAUUUUAAAGGGAAUUGUCAGAAUAUACAUAACAAAGCUACAGAUCCUUGUAAAACAAAUUCGAUGAAUAAUGCUGAAAAAGAUCGGCCGUGUGUAAGCAACAAAGGGCGUUCCACCCGAGCAAACUCUCCAUGUGAUGCUAAUACUUUAAUGAAUCUUAAAGGGAAUUGUCAAAAUACAAAUAACACGGCUUCAGACCCUUGUAAAACAAAUUCGAUAAAUAGUACUGGAAGAGAUCAUUCAAUUGUACCCAAAGAACGAUGUCCUCCCCGACCAAAUUCUUCUUGUGAUGCUACUACUUCCAUGAAUUAUGAAAGGAAUUGUCAGAAUAGCUACAACACAGCUUCAGAACCUUGUAAAAGAAAUUCGAUAAAUAAUACUGGAAAUGAUCGUUCAUGUGUGAGCAAGGAAAAACGUUCUACCGGACCAAAUACUCCAUGUAAUACUAAUACUUAUAUGAAUUUUAAAAGGAAUUGUCAAAAUACACAUAGCACAGCGCCAGAACCUUGUAAAAGAAAUUCGAUGAAUAAUGCUGAAAAAGAUCGGCCGUGUGUAAGCAACAAAGGGCGUUCCACCCGAGCAAACUCUCCAUGUGAUGCUAAUACUUCAAUGAAUCUUAAAGGGAAUUGUCAAAAUACAAAUAACACGGCUUCAGACCCUUGUAAAACAAAUUCGAUAAAUAAUACUGGAAGAAAUCAUUCAAUUGUACCCAAAGAACGAUGUCCUCCCCGACCAAAUUCUUCUUGUGCUGCUAAUACUUCCAUGAAUUAUGAAAGGAAUUGUCAGAAUAGAUACAACACAGCUCCAGAACCUUGUAAAAGAAAUUCGAUGAAUAAUGCUGAAAAAGAUCGGUCGUGUGUAAGCAACAAAGGGCGUUCCACCCGAGCAAACUCUCCAUGUGAUGCUAAUACUUCAAUGAAUCUUAAAGGGAAUUGUCAAAAUACAAAUAACACGGCUUCAGACCCUUGUAAAACAAAUUCGAUUAAUAGUACUGGAAAAGACCAUUCAAUUGUACCCAAAGAACGAUGUCCUCCCCGACCAAAUUCUUCUUGUGGUGCUAAUAUUCCCAUGAAUUAUGAAAGGAAUUGUCAGAAUAGAUACAACACAGCUUCAGAACCUUGUAAAAGAAAUUCGAUAAAUAAUACUGGAAAUGAUCGUUCAUGUGUGAGCAAGGAAGAACGUUCUACCGGACCAAAUACUCCAUGUAAUACUAAUACUUAUGUGAAUUUUAAAAGGAAUUGUCAAAAUACACAUAACACAGCUCCAGAACCUUGUAAAAGAAAUCCGAUGAAUAAUGCUGAAAAAGAUCGGUCGUGUAUAAGCAACAAAGGAGGUCCCUUCCGAGCAAACUCUCCAUGUGAUGCUAAUACUUCCAUGAAUUUUAAAAGGAAUUGCCAGAGUAGACAUAACACAGCUCCAGAACCUUGUAAAAGAAAUUUGAUAAAUAAUACUGGACGAGAUCAAUUAUGUGUAGACAAAGAACGACGUCCUCCCCGACCAAAUGCUCCAUGCAUUGCUAAUAUUUCAAUGAAUUUUAAAGGGAAUUGUCAGAAUACACAUAACACAGCUUCAGAACCUUGUAAAACAAAUUCGAUGAAUAAUGCUGAAAAAGAUCGGUUGUGUGUAAGCAACAAAGGGCGUCCCACCCGAGCAAACUCUCCAUGUGAUGCUAAUACUUUCAUGAAUUUCGAAAGGAAUUGUCAGAAUAGACUUAACACAGCUCCAGAACCUUGUAAAAAAAAUUCGAUGAAUAAUACUGGAAGAGAACAUUCAAUUGUAGCCAAAGAACGAUGUCCUACCCGACCAAAUGCUCCAUGUAUUGCUAGUACUUCUAUGAAUUUUAAAGGGAAUUGUCAGAAUACACAUAACACAGCCUCAGAACUUUGUAAAACAAUUUCGAUGAAUAAUUCUGAAAAAGAUCGGUCGUGUGUAAGCAACGAGGGACGUCGCACUCGACCAAAUGCUCCAUGUAUUGCUAGGACUUCCACGAAUUUUAAAGAGAAUUGUGAGAAUACACAUAACACAGCUCCAGAACCUUGUAAAACAAAUCCGAUGAAUAAUGCUGAAAAAGAUCGGUCGUGUAUAAGCAACAAAGGAGGUCUGACCCGAUCAACCUCUCCAUGUGAUGCUAAUACUUCCAUGAAUUUUGAAAGGAAUUGCCAGAAUAGACAUAGCACAGCUCCAGAACCUUGUAAAAGAAAUUUGAUGAAUAAUGUUGAAAAGUAUCGAUCAUUUAUAGGCAACGAAGGACGUUUUUUCCGAGCAAACUCUCCACAUAAUGCUAAUACUUCCAUGAAUUAUAAAAAGAUUUGUCAGAAUAAACAUAACACUGUUCCAGAACCUUGUAAAGGAAAUUUGAUGAAUAAUGUUGUAAAAGACAAUUCAUGUGUAGGCAACGAAGGUCCUCCUUCCCGACCAAAUACUCCAUGUAAUGCUAAUACUUCCAUGAAUUAUAAAGGGAAUUAUCAGAAUAUAUAUAACACAGAUACAGAACCUUGUAAAAGAAAUCCGAUGAAUAAUGCUGGAAAAGAUCGGUCGCGUGUAGGCAACGAAGCUCGUCCUUUCCGAGCAAACUCCCCAUGUACUGCUAAUGCUUCCAUGAAUUAUAAAGGAAAUUAUCAAAGCUCACUUAAUACAGCUGUAGAGCCUUUUCAUUGCAGUUCAAGAAAUAGUACAGGAAAAGAUCUUUCUUGUGUGAGCAACGAAAGACGCGCUACCCGUUCCAAUUCUCCAUGUAAUACUAAUGCUUCUGUGAAUUCUAGUGCUUCAGAACCUUGUAAAAGAAGUUUGAUAAAUCGCAGGGAAAAAGAUGGUUCAUGUAUGAAUGAAGGACGUCCUUUCCGAGCAAACUCUCCAUGUAAUGAUAAUAUUACACGUAAUACAGCUGUGCAAUCUUUUAAUUGCAAUUCAAGAAAUAGUACUGGAAGAGAUCGUUCGUGUGGAAGCAACGAAGGACGCCCUACCCGACCAAAUACUCCAUGUGAUGCCAAUGCUUCCAUGAAUUAUAAAGGAAACGGUCCUUGUGAAAGAAGUUUGAUAAAUAGGAUUGAAAAAGAUCGUUCAUGUGUAAGCAAUGAAGGGCGUCCUUUCCGAGCAAACUCUCCAUGUAAUGCUAAUAUUUCUAUGAAUUAUAAAGGCAAUUUUCAGGGUACACAAAAUAGAACUUCAAGCCCUUGUAAUAGAUGUUCGAGAAAUAAUACUGCAAAUGAUCGUUUAAAUAUAAGCAACAAAGUACGUCAUAAUAGAAGUAAUUCAAAAUGUAUUUGUAACUGUGCACAUAAACCGGUUUCAUCUUCUAAUUGCAGAAAUCCUCAGUUUGGUAUCGAAGAUCCUGAUUUUGUCCCACCAUUUAAUGUCAACAUAAAUAAAAAUGGCGGUGCCUUUAAUGCUGAUUGUUCUCAAUUUUCUAAUGGAAAGUCAGCUUUUUCUGUCAACAGAACAAAAAAUCCACAAUACCAACCUCCUGGUAAUUGUAGUAAUGCACUAAAUGAUAAUUCUACUUUUUAUGAAAGAAACGACUGUCCCUCUCCAAGCAAGAAUAUGGAAGGUGAUGGUAUGGAAAACGCAAUGUUUUCAAAUUGUAAUAAAAACUGUUUCAAUCUUUCUAAUAAGCCUCCUGCAGCAACAGUCAAAGCAAAAAAUGUUCAAAAUAAGCCUUCAAAUAUCUGUGACUGCUCAAAGAGUGUAGUUCUAAUGCCAUGCAAGGGAAUUUUAAAGAAUAAAACCACAAAUGAAGAAAAAUGUUCAGCAAAGAUAAUAUGUGAUAAUGUCCCUCGAAAUUCAACUAAUGUUACCCAUAACGAUAUCUGUUGUCAAGCUUUAAAACAACUUAGAAAUGUUCAAUACCUCCUUUUAAACUGUGCAGAUAAACAAAUUUGUGAACCUAAUGAUCAAAAUUCGAGAAAUAAAAAUGAAAGAGAUGAGAACUGUGUGAAGCAUAGAAGAUCGAUUUCUUGUUGCCCAAAUGCAGAAAAUAAUAAUCCACCUUCAGAUAAUUGUCCAGAGAAAAGAGGAACAAACAAAAGAUUGGACGAUGAUUCAGAUGAUGAAUACGAAGGAGGUGCAGUAAGUAAAUUAUCAACUUUUCUAAGUGAUAUAUACAGAAGGCGGCUGAACGAUAUCGAUAUUGUGUCAAAUGGUAAUCUGAAGCUAAAAGCUGUUACCUAUAAGGAAUGGGGUACGAUGUUAUUAAAAAUGAAUGAUAAUAUGCUGCGACAUGCAGAAGAUUUGGAAUCAGAUAUGGCUGAGCUUUUAGAGAAGGAAAGAAAACGUAUACAGUUAAAGAAUAAAGAAGAGAAAAAAAUGAGGAAUAAAUACACUCGGGACAUAAAUAAACUCAUUGACAUAUUUGCUCAUGCAUAUCAAACUAGGGAAUGGAACUUUGAUUGUGAUUUCGAAACGUUCAACAAAGAGAUUCUUUUGUAUCCUAAUAACUCUUGCUAAAACAAUAUGUAAUUUAAAACACUUUUCGGCACUAAGAUUUACUACUAAAAUGAAUUUUACAAUUAACAAUUAAAAUAGAAACCACUUAACA